AUGAUGAUGCAGAUGCUGCGGCGUAAUGUGCGAGGGGGUAUGUCACCGACCUGGGCUGCUGCAUCGAGAGGGCUCCACGUGCAUGCAAGCACUCCUCUCCUGGCUCGGCGACGCGAGUACGAUGAGGAGGCGCUCCGCGAAGCAGCUGCCGCCCUCUCCGUAGAGGGGCUCGCCAGCAACGAGGAAGAGUUGAGGUUGGCAAGGGCCGCCGUAGGCGCGCACGAUGAUGCAUCGGAGGAGACAAAUGGCCACGGUGUCGCAGCGAGGCGGCAGCGCGAGACCGGAGCAGGUCCGGUGGUGGAGGAAGGCGAGGAAGUAGGCCACCUCAAGUGGCUGGCAGGAGAAGAGUUUGUGCUGCGCGAGAUCCAACCAGGCCAACUGGCCUACGUUCGGAUUCUUAAACCAGGCAUUACGCCCCUCAUGGCGUUCGGACAAAAGCGUGGCAACAAGAGGAAGCGCUUUGCCUACAAGGGGCACGUCAGCCCCUACUUCCGCCUCUCGCCCAAGUCUCCCCUUUGGAAACUCGUAAUUGCCGAAAAGGACCUCAUCGAGGAAGGCCGCCGCGCGCGUUUGGAGUAUGAGCGGACGAUGUGGCCCAAGUCGAAGAAGAAGCCGCAGAACUGGGGCGAAAAUGUGUAG